AUGAGGUCUUCACGACGUCGUCGUCAUCCAGAGCGCGCUAUAAAUAAAUAUCGACGGUUGCUCACGAAAGAGAAACCAUUCAAAUGUGAUGUUUGUGGGAAAAGAUUUACAGGACAGGGAAGUCUGAAGGCACACAUGAGAAUCCACACAGGAGAGAAACCAUUUGGUUGUGAUGUUUGUGGGAAAAGAUUCAAUCGACAGGGACAUCUGAAGACACAUAUGAUAGUCCACACAGGAGAGAAACCAUUUGGUUGUGAUGUUUGUGGGAAAAGAUUUACAGCACAGGGAAGUCUGAAGGCACACAUGAUAAUCCACACAGGAGAGAAACCAUUUGGUUGUGAUGUUUGUGGGAAAAGAUUCAAUCAACAGGGACAUCUGAAGACACAUAUGAUAGUCCACACAGGAGAGAAACCAUUUGGUUGUGAUGUUUGUGGGAAAAGAUUCAAUCAACAGGGACAUCUGAAGAAACACAUGAGAGUCCACACAGAAGAGAAACCAUUUGGUUGUGAUGUUUGUGGGAAAAGAUUCAAUCAACAGGGAAUUUUGAAGAGACACAUGAGAGUCCACACAGAAGAGAAACCAUUUGGUUGUGAUGUUUGUGGGAAAAGAUUAAGCCUGAAGCAAAAUCUGAAGACACACAUGAGAGUCCACACAGGAUAG